AUGUUCGUCAAGGCUCAAGCAUUGAAGCAAUUCAACCUUGUCACUGUCUUUCUUACCACGAUGACCACCGAUGCCUCCGCCUGGUUCGAUGACACGGGCAGGCCAUGUCCACCACCGCCGUUGCCAGUGUGUCUUAGAGAGCCACCGCUCUGGACCGCAAAUCCCUACAAGAUAACUCCGAAGGCCUUUGCUAUCCCCCUAAUGUAUGCCGAUAUGAUUCUCUUCGUCGAAAAACAUCUACCAGAUGAUAAAUCUGAUGACCACGAGAAACAGGACAUCUUCCUCGCCCGAUACUACGAGUUCUUCCCACCAGAGCUAGAUCGCCUUGCCUUUCUCAUUGUCCCUUUGAAGGGGCAGAAUGGUGGACGCGUUUUAUGGGAGCCAAUUGGCCUAGUCGUCGGUACCAACCUCAGCGAGGAGGACAUGGAGCAGGCUAGGAACGAGGACUUGAUCAAGCAAGCCCAGGAGAUCCUCGGCGUCAAGACCUGCCCUGCAUGGUACCGCUUUACGGACCCUUAA